AUGUCACGUGUGGAUACCAGCGACCUGGUAGGCGUUACGGUGGAGGAGCAGCGGCUGGCGGAAAACCGGCAGCAGAGCAAGUACUGGCUGAAGUGGGGGCCGUAUCUGUCGGAGCGGAGCUGGGCGACGGUGCGGGAGGACUACUCGUUUGACGGCGACGCGUGGCGGCACUUCCCGUUCGAGCAGGCGAAUGCGCGGGUCUUCCGGUGGGGCGAGGACGGGAUCUUCGGCGUGAGCGACAACCGGCAGCUGGUGUGCCUGAACGUGGGGAUGUGGAACGGGCGUGACGAGCUGCUCAAGGAGCGGAUGUUCGGGCUGACCGGGCCGCAGGGCAACCACGGGGAGGACUGCAAGGAGCUGUACUACUACCUGGACAACCUUCCGAGCCAUGCGUACAUGAAGGCGCUGUACAAGUACCCGUUCAAGCGGGCGUUCCCGUACCAGGAGCUUAUUGCGGGCAACGACGCGCGCGGGUACGCGGAGCGCGAGCUCGAGGUGUACGAGCUUGACGGGCUGUACCGCGAGGCGGCGACAGGCGACACGCCGUACUACGAUGUGGUGUUCGAGAUGGCCAAGGGAGACGAGAACCCGGACGACCUGAACUUCCGGAUCACGGUGCACAAUCGUUCGAAAACCGAGACCGGCGAACUGUACUUGAUGCCGCAGGUGUUCUUCCGAAACACGUGGGCCUGGAACACCAAGGGCGAGGAGUCUGCCAAGCCUCGGCUGCACCAAUCACAUCGCAACGUGGUGACAAUUGAGCACGCGAAGUACGGAACCCGGAGGGCUAUCUUUGCCCCCUCUCCGGGCUGGUUUGACUCCAAAGACUCAGAGGAUAUUGAGCCCGAGUUGCUAUUCACGGAGAACGAGUCGAACCUCAGAAAGCUGUUCAACGAGCCAUCCAAUCCGGCCCCCUACACGAAGGACGCAUUCGACGAGUAUGUUGUCCAUGGUAACACGGGGGCGGUGAAUCCCGCGCGCGAAGGCACCAAAGCCGCCGCACUUUACCACUUCCCGAAAAUCCCUCCCAAUGACUAUGUGACGGUGCGGUACAAGUUUACGGACGAAUGGUUGCCUAGAUAUAACGAGGAGUUGGUCAUUGACGAGGAGGCACACGAUGCUGUGUUUGACCGACGUGAACAGGAAGCAGAAAACUUCUACUGGCGUAUCUCCCCCGUGCCUAUACCCCCCGAGCUGCGCAAAAUACAGCGGCAGGCGUUUGCCGGAUUGCUGUGGUCGAAACAAUUCUACCAUUUUAUUCAUGAGCAGUGGUACGAAGGAGAUCCGCUGGUAAAACCCCGCCCUCCUCAGGACAGGGCGAACGGCCGCAAUAAGCAAUGGAAACACAUGUAUACGGAUGAUAUCCUAUCCUUGCCGGACAAGUGGGAGUAUCCGUUUUUCGCCUCGUGGGAUACAGCAUUCCAUUGUACACCAUUGGCGAUGAUUGACCCCGAUUUUGCCAAGCGCCAGCUUGAUCUCUUGACGCGCGAAUGGUACAUGCAUCCAAAUGGGCAAAUACCCGCCUACGAGUGGAAUUUCAGCGAUGUGAAUCCCCCCGUUCACGCAUGGGCUGUCUACCGUGUAUUCAAGAUUGAAAGAAACAUCUAUCAUCGUGAGGAUCGCCUGUUUUUGGAACGGGUGUUUCAAAAACUAUUGUUGAACUUCACUUGGUGGGUCAACAGGAAGGACUCUGAUGGUAAUAACGUCUUCGAAGGCGGGUUUUUGGGGCUGGAUAACAUUGGGGUCUUCAACCGUUCUGAGCCAUUGCCUACAGGAGGCAAGUUGGAGCAGGCCGACUCCACCGGUUGGAUGGCCUUUUUCAGCUUGCAGAUGUUGAAUAUAGCGUUGGAACUCGCAAAGGAAAACCCAGUCUACGAAGAUAUUGCCUCCAAGUUCUUUGAGCAUUUUAUCCUAAUUAGCGAUGCGAUGAGCUUUAGCUAUGGCAAGAGUUACAACGAGGGCGAGCCAGAAAAGUCUCAAGAGGGAUACCUAUGGAACGAUGAAGACAAGUUUUAUUACGAUGUUAUCUCAUGGGGAGGGCCUUUCAAGCAGCAACUCCCCAUUCGGUCGUUAGUCGGCUUAAUACCGCUAUACGCUAGUAUGACUCUUGAACCCGGUGUGCUUGAUAGAUUUAAAAGUUUUAAAAAGCGUGUGGAGUGGUUUAUAGAGCAUCGUCGUGACAUAUUUGACAGAAAUAUUGCAUCCAUGGAGAAAAGAGGUGUGGGUGAAAGGCUUCUACUCUCGCUUGUGAAUAAGGAGCGGUUAGAGGCUAUUCUACGGCGUAUGUUGGAUGAGACUGAGUUCCUUUCUGAUUAUGGGAUACGGUCUCUUUCGAAAUAUCACGAAGAACACCCCUUUGAGAUGGAAGUCGGUGGAAUGAAGUAUGUUGUUAAGUACUUGCCUGGCGAAUCUGAUUCUGGGAUGUUCGGAGGUAACUCCAAUUGGAGGGGACCAAUCUGGUUUCCUACCAAUUUUUUGUUGGUUGAAUCUCUUCAAAAGUUUUUCCUGUAUUACGGGUCAGAUUUCAAGGUUGAAUGUCCUACUGGCUCCGGAGAAUUCUUAAAUUUGGCACAAGUCGCCGAAGAAAUAUCACACAGGCUGAUUCAUCUAUUUGUGCCAGAUGCCAAUGGCCUGCGAGCAGCAUACUACGGGGACCAUGCAGAGUUCUUAUCCAAAGAUGAACACUUUAAAGACUUGAUCCCUUUUUUCGAAUACUUCGAUGGUGACACUGGUAGGGGCUUGGGCGCAUCACACCAGUGUGGCUGGACUUCGCUUGUUGCGAAGUGGAUACAUGAUGCCGGUGCUUCGUGUCUGAGACUACCAAGGACUCCGAGAUCUCACACCUCCAUUACAAACCUUGGUGAAGCGACGCCAACCGGGCACUCUCUUCUGCCCAAGCUCUCGCGCCGUAAAAGCGGCAGGUCCUUGAUCAAUCUGACAGGUACCCAUCUGGAACUAACAGAAGAGGAGAAAAUCUUGCACACUAUGGGAACCAUGAAUUCCAACUCGGCAACGACCGAGGAUUCUUACAAAGAUGGACAGACAGGUCUGUCCAGUCCCAAACUGGCAGCUGCCACUGGCAGCAACAGCGAACAUGGUUUAGAUGGUGCAGAUUCGGCUCAUAUGUCUCUAGAGGGUAUCCGCAUGCAUGCUCAAAGGGAGAAUAGCCUUAUCGCGCAGCUCAAGGAGCGGCUCAAGAACCUCACCGCCGCGGGCGAACUUUCUGCCGAUGAGGAGGAAGAACUUGAAACUCACUAG